AUGGCUACAGCACAGGAACUGUAUUUACCAGAAGAUUGUUGGGAAUCUAUAUUCAAAAUAUUCUUCAACGAAUGCGGUGAGCACAACCGAUAUUUACCGUCUCUCUCCGUCCUCUCAAAACAGUUUCUCUCAGUAACCGGCCGUUUUCAAUCCUCUCUUGUAAUCUUUGAUCAAACCCUCCCUUUCCUUCCCAGCCUCCUCCAAAGAUUCAUCAACCUCACCUCCCUCAACCUCGCACACAUCACACGUGACCGUGACGCGCUUCUCACUCAAAUCUCAUGUUUUACCUUGCAAGUCAAGUCACUUAAUCUUUCUAACCACGCUAGCAUUCCCGCAAAUGGGUUGCAAGUUUUCUCUCAAAAGAUUACAACUUUGACCUCUCUCAUUUGUUCCAACAUUGGUCAUAUCAAGAAAUCUGACCUUUAUCUCAUUGCCGAAGGUUUUCCUUUACUUGAAGAACUUGACCUAAGUUUACCCAAAGAUAUUGAUUUCUACGAUGAUUUUGACAUAAAUGCUAUUACAUUAGCACUCCCUAAGCUCCGCAAGGUUAAUUUAUCCGGUAAUUAUUAUAUUAACGACUUAUCAAUUUUUUAUGUUUGCAGAAACUGCGAAUUUCUUGAGGAGGUUGUGAUGUUUAAUUGCAAAAACUUAACUGAUAUUGGCAUUGCUUCUGCUAUCCGCGAGAGACCAAAUUUGAUGUCUUUUUCCAUUAAUUUAUCGGAAGCAAUGAGCACCAGUAUGGAAUUGAUGGAUUCUCUACAGAGUUUGGAGCGUUUGAGUUGUCUUGAUUUGUCGUUUUCGUAUAUAUCGGAUCAAUUACUCUCAUCUCUUGCAGACAAAUGUAUAAAUUUGAGGCGACUCAUGCUAAGACGUUGUACUGGCUAUAGUCAUACUGGAAUCUGUAACUUGUUAUCUAUGUCUGGUUUUCUACAACAUUUGGAUCUUCAAAAUGCCAUGUUUCUAAAUGACUACCGUGUUGCUGUGUUUUCUAAGUUUCUUUUUAAUUUGGUAUCAAUAAACCUUAGUCAUUGUAGGAGACUCACAGAAUCAACAUUAUUUGAACUUGUUGAAAACUGUCCUUCACUAGAUGAGAUAAGAAUGGAAUACACAUGUAUUGGAAAAUUCGGCGUAGAGAAGCUUAGCUCUUCGACUGAUUUUGCUCAUAUGAAAAUGAAGUCUCUCCAUUUGGCUUACAAUCCAUUUUUGAACGAUGAAACCAUCAAAUGGUUUACUUCAAUCUGCCCAAAUUUGGAGGUGCUUGAUGUGAGCAAUUGUAGUUGCAUAUCUGAAGGUAUUGUUGAAGUUUUAAGAUGUUGUAAAAUUAUGCAUUUGAAUUUAAGUUCUUGUGAAAACGUGAACCUACAUGCCAUGAACUUCCAAGUUCCUAUGUUGGAAGUGUUGAACUUGUCAUAUACAAGAACUGAUGAUAAAACACUCGAUGCGAUCUCAAAGAGUUGCUCAGGGCUACUACAAUUGGAAUUGGAAAGAUGUUAUAGUAUCACAGGGAAGGGAGUGAAGCAAGUGGUAGAAAAGUGCACAAGACUGAAAGAGAUAAAUUUGCGGUAUUGUUGCAAAGUAUCUGUUGGUGUUGGUUUAUGGAUGGGGAUGAACGGUGACGGGGUGGGGCCAGUUGUUCCGUCGGGCCUAAUAGCAUUGAAUGAUUCUCUACGGAGUUUGAAGCGUUUGAGUUGUCUUGAAUUGUCGUUUUCGUAUAUCACGAAUCAAUUACUUGCAUCUCUUGCAGACAAAGCACUAAAUUUGAGAAGACUUGUGUUAAGACGUUGUACCGGCUAUAGUUAUACUGGAAUCUUGUACUUGUUAUCUAGGUCUCGUUUUUUACAACAUUUGGAUCUUCAAAAUGCGAUGUUUUUAAAUGACCACCGUGUUGCUGAGUUGUCUAAGCAUCUUUUUAGUUUGGCAUCAAUAAACCUUAGUCACUGUAGGGAACUCACAGAAUCAACCUUAUUUGCACUUGUUGAAAACUGUCCUUUCCUAGAUGAGAUAAGAAUGGAAGACACAUAUAUUGGAAACCCGUGCUUUCACACGGGAUGCACGUUUAGCUCUCGGACGGUUUCUGCUCAUAUGGAAAUGAAGUCUCUCUAUUUGGCUAACAAUACACUUUUGAACGAUGCAAUCAUCAAAUUGUUUGCUUCAAUCUGCCUAAAUUUGCAGCUGCUUGAUGUGAACAAUUGCAGUUGCAUAUCUGAUGAAGGUAUUGUUGAAGUCUUAAGAAGUUGUAAAAUUGUGCAUUUGAAUUUAAGUUCUUGCCCAAAAGUGAACCUACAUCGGUUGAACUUCCAAGUUCCUACAUUGGAGGUGUUAAAAUUGUCAAUGACAAGAAUUGAUUAUAGAACACUCUAUGCGAUCUCAAAGAGUUGCUCAGGGUUACAACAAUUGAAUUUGGAAGAGUGUCUUCUUGUCACAGCUAAGGGAGUGAAGAAAGUGAUAGAAAACUGCACACGAUUGAAAGAGAUAAAUUUGCGUUAUUGUCGCAACACGGCUGCUGAUGUUGAUAUAUGGUUAGCGAUGGCAUUGUCAAGGCCAUCCUUGCGAAAGAUUAUGGCUCCCUCUCAUUUUUGUCCUCGCGACACCAAGUGGAAACCCUUAUUGGAUCAUGGAUGCUUUCUUUCUCCCUAA